AUGAGUCAAGCAGCAGCGGACGCUACUGAUAGGAACGUGGAAAUAUGGAAAGUUAAAAAAUUGAUCAAAAGCUUGGAAGCUGCUAGGGGAAAUGGAACUUCUAUGAUAUCCCUAAUCAUUCCACCCAAGGAUCAAAUUUCACGUAUAGCUAAAAUGUUGGCUGACGAAUACGGUACGGCUUCCAACAUCAAGUCUCGUGUCAAUCGUUUAUCUGUGUUGGCUGCGAUUACUUCAACACAACAGAGACUAAAAUUAUACACAAAAGUCCCAACCAAUGGUCUCGUAGUUUAUUGCGGCACAAUUGUUACCGAAGAAGGAAAGGAGAAGAAAGUUAACAUUGAUUUCGAACCUUUUAAGCCCAUCAAUACUUCCUUGUAUCUUUGUGAUAACAAGUUUCAUACAGAAGCUUUGUCGGAGUUGCUUGAAUCAGAUAACAAAUUCGGAUUUAUUAUUAUGGACGGUAACGGUGCCCUGUUCGGUACCUUGAGUGGUAACACUAGAGAAGUCAUUCAUAAAUUUGCUGUGGAAUUGCCAAAGAAACACGGCAGGGGUGGUCAAUCCGCUUUGCGUUUUGCACGUCUUCGUGAAGAAAAACGACACAAUUAUGUUCGAAAGGUCGCCGAAUUGGCGGUUCAGUUUUAUAUUACUUCUGAUAAGGUUAACGUCACCGGCCUUAUUCUUGCCGGCUCUGCUGACUUUAAGACUGAGCUAUCUCAAUCAGAUAUGUUUGAUAAUCGUCUCCAAACUAAGGUUAUCAAAUUAGUUGACGUUUCUUAUGGAGGAGAGAAUGGUUUUAACCAGGCUAUUGAACUUGCUGCCGAGAGUUUGGCUAAUGUCAAAUUUAUUCAAGAAAAGAAACUCAUUCAGAAAUAUUUUGACGAGAUUUCUCAAGAUACUGGAAAAUAUUGUUUUGGUGUUGAUGAUACUUUAAAAGGUCUGGAGUUGGGUGCUGUAGAAACUCUUAUUGUUUGGGAAAAUUUGGACGUUACUCGUUUUACCUUGAAGAAUGCUUCUGGUGUCGAAGUCAUUAUUCACGUGACUAAAGAGCAAGAAAAGGAUCGGAGCCAUUUCAUUGAUAAAGAAACCAAUUUGGAAAUGGAAGUUUCUGAUAGGAUCCCACUUUUGGAGUGGUUCGCAGACCAUUACAAGGAUUUUGGUGCCAAUUUGGAAUUCGUUACCAAUCGAUCUCAAGAAGGUUCUCAAUUCGUCAAGGGAUUUGGUGGCAUUGGCGGUUUGCUUCGUUAUAAGGUCGAUUUCGACACGUUAAAUUAUGACAGUGAAGAAGACGGUUUCCUUUCUGUUCGACAUUCAUCAUAUUGGAAUUAUAUAUCUACGGAUACUUUGGAAUUUUAUUAUGAUGUUCAUGUUGAUUUUGACAAUUGGCUAUUGAUGCUUUUCUUCAAAGUUACUAUUCUUGAUUCACAUACAUUUUCUGAAACUAUUUAUUUAAACAAUGCUGAACAAGUUCUUGUUCGACCUC